AUGGCGCCUUCAAAGUGGGACGAUGAAGAGGAGAGCACGCCUCCCUCUUCCCCGCCUCUUGCUCCUGUUGCGCGACGAAAGUUUGAUGACGAAGAAGAUAGUGAUGAGGUCUUAGAAUCUUGGGACGCCGCCGAAGACUCAGAGGUUGAGCGAGAAAAACAGGCAAAGGAAGCUGCUGCGAAAGUCAAAGCUGAAGCCGAAGCUGCUGCGAAGAAGAAGUCCAAAGCAGAACGAAUACAGGAGCACAAAGUGCGGCGGCUCGCCAACCAAGACGAUGAAUCUAGCGAGGAAGAGGAAGACGCCGCGACCAUGCGGGCACGCCUAAAGCGUACCGAACAAGAUGCCGAUCUCAUGCACGCGGAAGAUUUGAUGGGCAACAUAGACAUCAACCGAAGUCGGUCGGCCCCCAAGAAAUCAGUAAUCUCUGACAAGGACGACCCCACCAAGUCUAUCGACCUCUCCGCCAUCCCGCUCUUCAAGCCAGCCACAAAAGCGCAAUUCGCUCUCCUCACCGAGACCCUCGCCCCCCUCCUCGCCGCGCAAUCCAAAAAGCCGCAGUACUCGCUGUGGGUGCAGGAAUUUACGAAACAAUUAGUUAAGGAGCUCCCGAGCACGGAGAUUAAAAAGGUGGCGAGUGCAUUGACGGCAGCUAGCAAUGAGAAGAUGAAGGAAGAAAAAGCCGCAGACAAGGGCGGGAAGAAGAGCAAGGCCGCGAAGACGAAGACAAGCCUGGUUACCAGUCACGCAAACCGCGCGGAUCUUACAGCAUACGACGGCGAAGAUCUUGACGAUGACGAUUUUAUGUGA